GACUCGUUGAAACGAUUGUCGUAUAAUUUACGGCUCAGGGGAAAUGUUUAAAAAAAUACUUACGAUUCAAAGCUGUAAAUCAAUUUAUUAAGUAUUCGCGAUUAUACAUCAAUAAUAGAACAACAAGAGGAGGAAGCUUUAGACCUCAGCGCCACUAUUUCAACUCAGCGCCGCAGGCACGCAAAAGCAGUCAUCGACGUUCUCGUCUCCCACCAGCACACAUUCUCAGACUAAAGAGCCGAGCGCCCUAGCUCGCACAAUAAAUAUAAGUAUUUGAAAUUCUCGUCCACGGUGCAAUCGACGAAACAUCCAAAGACACGUGCUACGUCGUUAUAGUAACGUUAACGAGACGUAAAUCAAUCUCCCAGUGAUGUGCUACUGAACCCCCUGUACAUUAUACCCCGUAGAGAAUGUUGACUUCUCUAACCUAGACAGCUUUCCGUCCGAGAAAUGAGCUGGUUGACGCCGAUUCGCAUAAAGACGUGGAGAUGGACAAGUCAAUUCUCUUGCAAAAACAGAUUAGGGACAACUCGGAGGAUCUGCAGAAGGAGCUUCGGGAUAUGGAAGCAUGGGAGGAGCAGAUGAAGAAGAAGGACAUGGAAAUGCGAUUUUUGAAAGAGGACAAGGCGAUACCACCUAUCAGAACCAAGAAGAAGAAGAAAGCCGAACCAGCUGCAGAUGUGUCUCGCGAUCAGAAGCCAAGCAAAACAAAGCGCAUAGAAGGCUCAGAUUAUAAAUCUUGGGAUAAGUUUGAUGCUGACAAGGUCUGCAACGAGAUGGAAAAGAAUGACAAAUCAAAUGAAAAAGUGGAGAAAAUAUUGGAGAUUCCUUCCAAGGAACAGUUGGAAAAGGAACAUGCCAAAGCAACAAAACUCAAAGAUGAGGGAAAUGCUUUAGUGCAAAAGCAACAGUUUACCAAAGCAGUAGGCAAAUAUAGUGAAGCCAUCAGAAUAUUUCCUCAUGACGCUGUAUUCUUUGCUAACAGAGCACUCUGUCAAUUAAAAAUAGACAAUUUGUACAGUGCGGAAUCUGAUUGUACGGCUGCAAUCAAACUUGAUGAGACUUACGUGAAAGCUUAUCAUAGAAGAGCUUCUGCUCGAAUAGGGCUCAAGCGUUACAAGGAUGCUGAACAAGAUUUAAAAAAGGUUUUGGAAUUAGAGCCGGCUAAUAAAGAAGCUGCAGCACUGUUAAGACAAAUACAAACAAAAAUUGAAAAGACCUCUGCUCCUAUGAUCAUUUCUGGAGGUGAGAAACCUGAAAAUAGUACAAUAGAAAAACAAAUUGGAGAAAAGUUGUUAGGUAAAAAAUCGUCUCCCACAUCGCUGACUAAGAGCAAAGCACUUGUUGAGCCAAGUGAAAGCAAAGUUGAAAAGAUAAACACAAAGGAAACGAGUAAAAAUGAAAAUCAUUCAAAGCAAGAAAAAGUAAACAAAAUUUUUUCCGACGAAGAGCUGGAGAAAGAUCAUCUGGAAGCAAACAAAUUUAAAGACGAAGGAAAUACUUUGGUACAAAUGCAACAGUAUGCUAAAGCAAUCGAAAAAUAUAGCCAAGCUAUCAAAAUUUUUCCAUAUGAUUCUGCAUACUUUGCUAACCGAGCUCUUUGUAAGCUUAAAUUAGACAAAUUCCAAGAUGCUGAAAGUGAUUGCAAUUUUGCUAUUGAACUCGACAAUAGGUAUGUGAAAGCUUACCUUAGAAGAGCUACUGCACGGUUAGAACAAAAGAACUAUGAAAAUGCUUUGAAAGAUGUGAAAAUGGUUAUGAAAAUCGCACCUACCAAUAAAGAAGCUGUGGUAAUGUCAAAACAGAUUCAAAUGAAAAUUGAAGAGUCUUCAAGGGGUAGUACUUCUGCUGAUGAGACUGUAAUCAAGAAAGUAGUCAACAAGGCAAGCAACAGUGUGGAGAGUGAAUGUAUAAAAAUAACACACAAGCAUGCUGAAAAACAAAAUCAACUACUAGGUUCUGUAAAAAUACCUAGUCAAACAGAAUCAGCUAGCAAUAAUGGACACCCAGCUUGGCUGCCUAAGUUAAAAGAAGGUGUCAAUAUUGUUGAAUCUUCAUUAGAACCUACUAGUCGUCAAAAACAAACAAUGAAGAGAAUAACUAUAAAAGAAAUACCUAAUGAUGAAUCAAUAUUUGAAGGUGCUGUAAAAGAGAAAAAUAAAGAGAAGCCAGAACAAGUUGUUACGCAGGAUGUAAAGACUACGUAUCAAGAUGGCAAAAGUCAGACAAAAACUAAAAUAGUAGACAAUACACAAUCAUGUAUGAAUAAUAUGGAAAAGAUACCUCCUCCACCAAAGUCAUCUGUGGCAUUUCUUCUAAGUUGGCAAAAAAACGUGUCCCCCGAUUUCAGAUAUAAAUAUCUGAAGCAAAUAACGCCAAAAGAUUUGCCGGAUAUAUUCAAAGAAUCCAUGGAGUCUAACAUUUUCAGUGAGAUUGUGUUCAUUCUGAAUACUAAAUUCAUAGGAAAUCAAGAUAAAAUCUAUGAUUAUCUGUAUUACCUCGCAAAAUUAAAAAGAUUUAGAGCUCUGAUACUCUUUAUGACCCAAGCAGAUAAAGAAGCACUUAAAAAUCUCUUCAGUCAUUGCAAAUCAAACGAGGGCAGAACGGAAAACGAAGUAAACAAUCUGUAUUCUGCAUACGAGAUGUAAAAAAAGCUUCUUUGAAUUCGUCUUGUUUCGGCAAAUAAGAUCGACGAAAAUCAUUUCUCAAAAGAAGCACAAUAGGCGUCGAUUAAAACUCACACAAAAACAAGGGCACGCAUGCGCAGUGCGAGAUUCCAUUGUCGUGCUGAAUCGCAACUAAGAAAAAAAAGAAAACUUUAUAUCGAGACUAAAUGAAUGCUUCAAUAUUAAAACAACGGAGGGAUGAAAA